AAUGUAAUCGCGUGUAAAUGUAAAGAUUGUACGUCGCUCGCAUUUUCUCAAACAAUUUUGAAUUGACGCUCAAUUUAAUCGCGAGAGUUGCUUUUGUGAACUUUAAAUAAUAUCCUGAAUAAAUAUAUUUGAAUACUUAAAUUGGAUCAAUUGCAUCUUUAAAAAUUAAAAUAAGAAAAUAAUAAUAAAAUACUUCAUUUAAUGUAAAACACUUGACUUUGAAUUAAAUUCGCGCCAGUUCAUUCUAUAUAAUUUUAGAUAGCCAAUAAGAAUUCAGAUUUCAACUAAAUUGCUGCAUUUAUAACAAACAGCAUUUUUUAUCUAGGUAGCAUAGUUUAAGCUCCUAGUGACUGAUAAUUUUUAAUAAAAUCUUAAUUUCGGUAAAAUUCUUUUCUUCAUAUAAUUUUUUCAUUCAAUACACAUUCUUUGCAUAUACAUACUGCAUGUACAUCAUGUUCAUUCGUAGAAUUCCAUUCGAAACAUCAAAGUGUAAAUAACACGUAAACAUCUUGAGGAAACAGUUAAAAUUAUUGGUUGAUAGUCCGGAACCUGUUUAGGAUUGGUUGUUUUUAUAAAUGACAGUUACAGUGUGAUAGUCAGCUUUUAAUGCAUACAUAACUCGUAUUUUGUAACAAAGUUGUUUACAUUGUGGGUUGUUGUUUUGGCAAGUAUGGUCCAGCAUAGUCUUUGCAGCGUGUAGAAUUUAUGAGUUUGUAAUUUUAAGAGUUACGUCUAACUUUAAAUAGAUUUUAUAUUUCAUACUAUUUUCACUUUUUAAAAACACAUUUAAGGAAUGAUAAAUUUUAUUUAAUUUUGUAAACAAUAGUUUGUGAAAUCACUUAAAAGUGGGCGAUGGUAGAUACGUCGUAAAGUACCUAGAAUACUCGUUUGGAUAAACGAUGUUUCUAAUGUAAAAAAGUACGAACAGCGUACAUAUAAUUCUAUAAAAUAUGCAAGAUACAUAGUCUAUAGAAAGUUUUAAGUAUCAGGAUGAAUUCGUGUAGUUUUGCAAUACAUAAUCUGAUACAUAACCAAUAAAUGUCUCGACAAGGCAAACUACAAUUUUGAACAGGAAGAAAUUACAAUGAUUGAAAACGAUCAAAUGAUACAAGCAAUGAAUAUGACUUGUGACAAUACUAAUUUAUCAAACGAAAUAGUUUUUCAUGCUGUUUAUAUACCCGAAGAAAAUGUAGCCACAGAAAGUAAUGUGAAAGAAAAUAUCCGGGUUUAUAUGGAUAAAGCAGAAGCAUUGAAGGUAAUUAAAGAGUUCAAAACUGGACGUCUGAAAUCAUUCAAAAAACGUUCAGAAGCUGAAGAAUAUGCAAAGACAGGUUUUGAGAAAAUAUUAUGUAAUAACAAUAGUACAGCAGCUGGAAUGGUUGCAGUGGAAGAGAAGUCAAGUAACUUCAAAGCUCCACGGUCGCAGGACUUGGUGUGCUUCAGGAAAUUAAUUAGAGAUGGAAAUUUGUGUGCUGUAAAAACUACUUCAUGGGGAAAUCCACGGUAUUUAAUUGGUAUUGGUGACACACCUGCAAUUUUACAAGAAGGGUGUCGCUACAAUGCAUUGCACAUUGCAGUCAGAGCAGACAAACCAGAUAUCUGUGAGUUAAUAUUAAACACUGUUGGAAAUGCAGAAUUUAUAAAGUUACUUUACGGAGAUGAGUGCAAGAGCUAUCUGGAUCGAGCACAGAUUAUGUUAGAUUUAUAUUUAAAUACACCAGAUAAAGGACUGAAUGAAACACCAUUACACUUUGCAGUUAAAUUUGGUUUCAAAAAUGUAGUCAAAGUUCUUGUUUCAUAUCCAUGUUGUGUAAAAACAUUACCAAACAAGUAUAAACAACUACCAAUAGAUAUAAUAUGUAGCAGAACAUGUCAAGGAGAUGAAGAAUUGAAGAAAGAGAUACGUUUAUUACUGGAAGAUCAGUAUUAUGUACCUGUAUUAAGAUCAGAUGAUAACACAUUACAGCCUGUUAUAGGAGAACCAUUCUCUCCAACUAGUCCUAUGAGUAUAAAGUUGGAUCCAUUAAGUCCACGUUUAGAAGUACGUGCAUUUGCUGGACCAAUGACCAAAUCUCGUGCAUUGGAAUUCAGGAAAGAAUGGAAAACUCCUCCACGUCGUCGCAUGACUCCAGUUAAAAAGAUUUUUGAAGAUGAACCUGACAGCCCCAUUAACAACUUAUCCUUGAGAUUACAAGAUCCAGAAAAGGGACUUGAACGAAUUGGAAGAGAUUUAGCAGAAGAAUAUCACGUGUCAUGGAAAGAAUUUUGGCCAUUCUUGGAUGACUUCGCAGAUUUUCGUACCUCCGACGGUUUAGCGAAACUUGAAACAUAUUUAGAACACAAAUUUUAUGACCAGUUACUUCAGUACAAUAAGAGGUUCUUCUUGCAUUCUAGUAAAACGAAUUCAAACCCAGGAAAGGAAGCGGAACCUACUGAUGAAUUAGAUUAUUUAUACAAUAAAUUACAAUCAUGUUCGUUAUUUAAUGCAGAGAAUGAAGAUAGUAUAGACGAAUUAGAGUUUUUUACACCACCAUCAUCGCCGAAAUUAAUAGUAGAUAGAUCAGACGAUGAAAUGUAUAUUGCAGAGGAAGGCCCUGCAACUUUUCUUGAAGGAUCUGAACCAACAAAAUUAGAUUAUGCUGUUUAUUAUGCAGUAUUAUCACCAAUUAAUUCUACUACAUAUCCUAAUAUUUAUCGUUGGCAACAAGAUAUGCAGCUUGCUAUGAAACGUGAUUCACCCAGAACUAACAAUACAAGGCUAUCCAGAAGAAAAUUAAUCUUGUCUCCCUAGAUAUUAAAUAUCCAGGCGUUUAACGGUGUAAAAAAAUAAAACUGUAUAAACUUUUUUAUAUUACGCACAAUGAUUCCUAUAAGUAAUAUUAGUGUAUUUGAAAAACUUGUUUAAGCAUACUAAAAAUGAUAUUUUUUCAACAAAUUUUAUAUGUGAUUAAAAUAGUUUAUAAGAACUUCA